ACCAGUUUCGGAGACACAACAGAGCAGACAGCUGCGCAGACGGACUGCCUGUGGACAUGAACUCAAAACAGCAGGCAACACGUCUGCAAAACAGGCCUGUGUAAAGUCUGUUAACGUACACGGUGCAGCCUAAUAAGUGCGUCAUUUGGAAAAAGGUAAUUCAAAAUGUGGAUAACUCCGGAGGAGGUAUUGCUUGCUAACGCUCUGUGGGUGAGCGAAAGGGCGAACCCCUUCUUCAUUCUCCAGCGGAGAAAGGGCCAUGGCAAAGGAGGGGGCAUCACUGGGUUGUUGGUGGGCACCAUGGAUGUGGUCCUGGACUCCAGUGCCAGAGUGGCUCCCUAUAGGAUCCUGCACCAGACAGGGGACUCCCAGAUCUUCUGGAGCAUCGCGUGUGGCUCCUCCCGGAAGGAGAUCACAGAGCACUGGGAGUGGCUGGAGACCAACCUGCUCCAGACGCUCUCCAUCUUCGACAAUGACGAAGACAUCACCACCUUCGUCAAGGGGAAGAUCUCGGGCAUCAUCGCAGAGGAGAACAAGAGCAAAGCGGCCCAGGAGGACGAGGACUCUGGCAAGUUCCGCGAGGCCGAGCAGAAGAUGAGAAAGCUGUUUGGCAUGCCCGGCGAGGAGAAGCUGGUCAACUACUACUCGUGUAGCUACUGGAAAGGCCGUGUGCCCCGCCAGGGCUGGGUCUACCUCAGCGUCAACCACCUCUGCUUCUACUCCUUCCUCCUGGGGAAAGAAGUGACUCUGGUGGUGCAGUGGACGGAGGUGACCCGUCUUGAGAAGAACGCCACGCUGGUGUUCCCGGAGAGCGUGCGGGUGAGCACGCGGCACACAGAGCACUACUUCUCCAUGUUCCUCAACAUCAACGACACCUUCAAGCUCAUGGAGCAGCUGGCCACCAUCGCCAUGCGCCAGCUGCUGGACAACGAGGGCUUCGCCGCCGACCGCUCGCUGCCCAAGGCGUGCAAGACGCUCAAGAACGUCUCGGCACUCAAGAGGGACCUGGACGCACGGGCCAAGAACGAGCGCUACAGGGCGCUGUUCCGCCUGACCCCGGACGAGCGCCUGGACGGACACACAGACUGCACGCUGUGGACGCCCUUCGCCAAGAUGCACAUCGUGGGCCAGCUGUUUGUCUCCAACAACUACAUCUGCUUCUGCAGCCGUGAGGAGGACCUCUGUCAACUCAUCAUCCCCCUCAGAGAGGUGUCCAUUGUGGAGAAGGCAGACAGCAGCAGCGUCUUGCCCUGCCCCGUGUCCAUCAGCACCAAGAACAAGAUGACCUUCCUCUUCGCCAACCUCAAAGACCGUGACUUCCUGGUCCAGCGCAUCUCCGACUUCCUGCAGCGCACACCCGACAAGCUGUGGAGCGACAGCCACCCGCUGGCCCUCAGUAGCUAUUCAGGUUCUCCCAGCCCCAGUACCACCCCUCUCUCCUCCAGCCUCCCCACACCCACGGGUGCAGCAGGGGAACCGUCCCAGGGUCGUCACUACAGCCCCAGCCUGCCAACAGCCACACAGGGCCUGCUCCGCAUCUACCAGAAGGACGACCCAGAGGACCACGGACCCAAAGCUACCAAGGAGAAGAUGAAAGAGGAGUCGUGGAACAUCCACUUCUUUGAGUUUGGCAGGGGGGUGUGUAUGUACCGUACCUCGAAGACCAGAGAGCUGGUGCUCAACGGGAUCCCUGAGAGCCUCCGAGGGGAGCUAUGGCUGCUCUUCUCAGGAGCUCAGAAUGAGAUGGCCACCCACCCUGGCUACUAUGCUGAGCUGGUGGAGCAGGCCAUGGGCCGCUGUACCCUGGCCACAGAGGAGAUCGAGAGGGACCUGCAUCGCUCCAUGCCCGAGCACCACGCCUUCCAGAAUGAGAUGGGCAUCGCUGCCCUCCGCAGGGUCCUCACCGCCUACGCCUGCCGCAACCCUGGCAUAGGAUACUGCCAGGCGAUGAACAUUGUGACGUCGGUGCUGCUGCUGUACUGUACAGAGGAGGAGGCCUUCUGGCUGUUGGUGGCUCUGUGUGAGAGGAUGCUGCCUGACUACUACAACACAAGGGUUGUGGGUGCUCUCGUCGACCAGGGCGUAUUUGAGGAGCUGACUCGUGAGUGCCUCCCCCUCCUCUACGAGCACAUGCAGGAGCUGGGCGUCAUCUCCACCAUCUCCCUCUCCUGGUUCCUCACGCUGUUCCUCAGCGUCAUGCCCUUCGACAGCGCCGUGCUCCUGGUCGACUGCUUCUUCUACGAGGGCAUCAAGGUCAUCUUCCAGGUGGCGCUGGCCGUGCUGCACGCCAACAUGGACACGCUGCUGGGUUGCACCGACGAGGGAGAGGCCAUGACCAUACUGGGACGGUACCUGGACAAUGUUGUGAACAAGCAGACUGUGUCUCCUCCCAUUCCCCACCUCCACGCCCUGUUGACCAGUGGUGAUGAACCACCGCCUGAGAUUGACGUGUUUCAGCUCAUCAAGUCAUCCUAUGACAAGUUUGGAAGUCUGCGUGCUGAUGUCAUCGAGCAGAUGAGGUUCCAGCAGAGGUUAAAGGUUAUCCAAUCGCUGGAGGACACCGCGAAGAGGAGCGUGGUGAGGGCCAUCAUGACCGACUCAGCCUUUAGCAUCGAGGAGCUAGAGGAACUCUAUGUUUUCUUCAAGGCCAAGCACAUCAUGAGCUGCUACUGGGGGGCCAGCAGCACGGCGGCGGAGCGCCACGACCCCAGCCUGCCCUACCUGGAGCAGUACCGCAUCGACCUGGGACAGUUCUGCCAGCUGUUCGGGGCCCUGGGCACCUGGCUGUGUGGCACGCACACCGCCACGCUGGCCGCUCGCCACUUCCGCCUGUUGGACAGCAACAAGGACGGCCUCAUCAACUUCAAAGAGUUUGUCACAGGCCUGAGUGGGAUGUACCACGGAGACAUGACAGAGAAACUGAAGUUACUGUAUAAACUUCACCUGCCGCCAGCAUUGUGUCCAGAGGAGGCUGAGUCAGCACUAGAGGCUACACAGUUCUUCACUGACGAUGACACUCAACAGGAAUCUCCCUUCCUGUCUGAUCUGGACUUCCUGGUGCAGGAAGUGACCUCAGGAGAGGAGGUUAAAGAGGCUGGGGAAGCGUUGGGAAGCGGAGAUGCAGAGGAGAAGAAAGAGGUGAAGGACUAUAAGUAUUACCUGAGGAUGUGGGCCAAGGAGAAGGAGCCCAAGAUUGAGACCAUUAAAGACCUUCCUAGGAUGAACCAGGAGCAGUUCAUAGAGCUGUGUAAGACCCUGUACAACAUGUUCAGCGAGGACCCACUGGAGCAGGAACUCUACCACGCCAUCGCCACUGUGGCCAGCCUGCUGCUGCGCAUCGGAGAGGUGGGCAAGAAGUUCACCAACAACGGCGCCAAGAAAUCAACUGACGCCACCAACACCCAGGCUCCCACCCCCGCCGCUGAACUGCCCCAGCCCGAAAAAGAGGAGUCGAAUGGGGAAAGCAGCUCAGGACAGUCCCUGGUCUGUAAGGCCUUGGCGGAGGCCCAGCAGGAAACACCGCCCCAGCAGACGUCGGACGAAGAAGUGAAGGAUGACACGUCGGUCUCGUCCUACUCCAUGGUGAGCACGGGUUCGCUGCAGUACGAGGAUAUCGCCGACGACACAGUCCUGAUUGGCUGUGCCGGCGACCAGCAGCGGCGAGGCAGCACGCUGGACGGCGAUUGGUCCAUCACCUUCGAGCAGGUGCUGGCGUCGAUGCUCACCGAGCUGCCCCUGGUGGACUACUUUGAGAAGAAGGGAGACAUUCAGGCAAGGAUGGCCGCCUGUAAAAUGCAAAGGAGGGUGGAGAGGCAGGUGAGCUCGUCAAGCGACCACGAGUUGGCCCAGCUCUCGACCUGAGUGGACCUAUCCAGAACUCAACACUCGCUGUCAUUUCUCAACCGUAGGGGAAACCCAUCACUGUCCAACUCGAGUUGCCGUCCUGUCUUGUCUCACUCCCAUUUCACAGGGAGCUCUAGACCUGUAUCUCUGUUGUGAUUGUCAUCCUUUUACAGAACCAGAUGUGUGUGUGUGUGUGUGUGUGUGUGUGUGUGUGUGUGUGUGUGUGUGUGUGUGUGUGUGUGUGUG